AUGCAAGCAAUCAAGGCUCUGGGGGCUGCAGCCCCAGCUACAGUUAUGUCUGUAGUAAAAAAAGGUGCAUUUACGCCUGUAAUGGAACAAAUACGUCGUACUCAUUUGCCGGCACCGAACCCGAAGGAAAAUAGACCAUAUUCUCCUUUCCAAGAUACCAGUAAUAUGGGAGAAUAUGCCGUGGCAAGAUUAGAUGACUUGUUGAAUUGGGGAAGAAAAGGUUCUAUGUGGCCCAUGACAUUUGGAUUAGCUUGCUGCGCUGUUGAGAUGAUGCACAUUGCAGCACCCCGUUAUGAUAUGGACAGAUAUGGUGUUGUGUUCAGAGCAUCCCCUCGUCAGUCUGAUGUCAUGAUAGUUGCUGGUACUUUAACCAACAAGAUGGCUCCGGCUUUGAGGAAGGUUUAUGAUCAAAUGCCAGAGCCCAGAUGGGUUAUAUCUAUGGGAAGUUGUGCAAAUGGUGGAGGAUAUUAUCACUACUCUUAUUCCGUUGUAAGAGGUUGUGAUCGUAUUGUGCCAGUCGAUAUUUAUGUUCCUGGCUGUCCACCAACUGCAGAAGCUUUGUUGUAUGGUGUUCUACAAUUACAAAAGAAAGUGAAGAGGAUGAAAACUGUUCAAGUAUGGUACAGAAAGUAA